AUGGACCAACUCACCUCAAUCGGUAGCCGGCAGGCCCUCGGCCGCAUCACCGAAUCCUUUCUCGCACGGCCCACGGCCAAGCAGCGCAUCUACACCAAGCUCAUGAAGAGCACCGACAACCGAUUCCAGCAGUACUGCGACCACCUCACCCGACAAGAGUGUCAUCAGGCCAAGCUCUCGACCGCCUCGACAUCCACUUCGGCUCCACCUCCCUGUCAAAAGCUCCACUUCAGACCAGUCUUCUACCCGCAGACUGACCCUUCCUACGGCCACUGCAGCUACCUCAACACAUGUCACCGGACAUCCACAUGCAAGUACCUUCACUUUGAACUGGACGCCUCUCCGCCACAUGAGGCUUUUGCCUGGCAGACAUCGCCAGAGCACCCGUACGAGCCCGACUCGGCCGAGGCAAGGGAUGCAUCGCUGAUCCACCCGUCGCGCAUGCUUGCCGAAAAGGGGCUGCAGUGCUGGAUCCGCAACCACGACCCCCAAGACGGUGACUUUCGCGACGAUGGCCGCAUCAGACCGCCCAGCGAGCAGCAGCAGCAGCAGCUUCCGGCACAAUGGAUCGACUGCGACCUCAAGAACUUUGACUACUCGAUCCUGGGCAAGUUUGACAUCAUUGUCGCCGAUCCGCCCUGGGACAUCCACAUGUCGCUGCCGUACGGCACCAUGUCGGACGACGACCUGCGCGCGAUGCCCGUGCCGGAGCUGCAGGACGAAGGGCUGCUGUUCCUAUGGACGACGGGGCGGGCCAUGGAGCUGGGUCGGGAGCUGCUGGGCCACUGGGGCUACACGCGCAUCGACGAGCUGAUAUGGAUCAAGGUGGGCCAGACGCAGCGGCUGAUCCGCACCGGCCGGACGGGCCACCAUCUCAACCACACAAAGGAGCACUGCCUCGUUGGCGCCAAGGUGUCCACCGGCCGGGCUGGGCGGUACCAGGGCGCGGCCCCGCUGGCGGGGGCGUCUCAGCCGUAUUUCGCGUCGCACGCCGCGGGCAUCCCGCCGCCGCUGCCGCCGGCGACUGCGUGGUGA